CGUAAGUGGGGUAUCGGUGCAUCUCGUACACGUUCGGUAAAUGCAAUUGCGAGCGGCUUUAGUUGUCGCUAAAACAUAUUGCGAACCAUAACGAUCUCAGUGGAAUUUGUUAGGAUAUGCUACAUGUCCUUAAACAGUUUUGCGCAUUCCCUUGAUUCUCUUUAUUCCCUCUCCCGUAAAUCUCACUAUCUUAAAGUGUGCCUCAUUUGUUGUUCCCUAACUAACCGUCACCAGGAACACGCGAGUCCUAUAAUGGCCCUGCCAAAACGCAUUCUGAAAGAAAUUGAGCGCCUUACGGCCGAUCCUCCGCCAGGAAUCGUGGCCGUUCCCUCCGAAGAGAACCUGAGAUACUUUAGUAUUACUAUGGAGGGACCCCGUCAGUCGGCUUACGAAGGCGGUAAAUUUCAUUUGGAAUUGUUUUUGCCCGAAGAAUAUCCAAUGAUGCCUCCAAACGUUCGUUUCCUUACUCGGAUUUACCAUCCCAACAUCGACAAGCUGGGCAGAAUCUGUCUUUCGACUUUAAAGAAGGAUUGGAGCCCUGCCCUGCAAAUUCGUACCGUACUGUUAUCCAUUCAGGCUCUUCUGGGCGCCCCUAACCCAGAUGAUCCAUUGGACAACGAUGUCGCUCGUAUUUGGAAAGAGGACGAACCACAGGCCAUCGCUAAUGCCCGUGAGUGGACAAAAAAAUACGCAAUGGGAUCGUCUUAGACAGAAACGAGCAAUAAAUCUUAGCACAGAAGUAUGGACUUGUUUAAAGGACAGGUGAUAUGGGGGAGAGGCAGGGCGAAAUGGCAAAGGGCUAAGGCAAUGAAACGAUUUGGA